AUGGCCGACGACGAGAGCGAGGGAGAGAGCGAGAACGAGGUCACGUACUGGGACGAGCGCGCGGGCGAAGACGAAAACUACCUGGGGGACGGCGCCUUCCGGGUGGAGCAGGUGCGCGGCCGGCGGAGGGGCCGGUCUGGAGGCAUCGAGUAUCUGAUCAAGUGGGAGGGCUACGCCUCGGAAGAGAACACGUGGGAGCCGGUCGAGAACGUGUCGGACGACCUCAUCGCCGAGAAGGAGGCGACGCACGCCUCGCUCCCGCCGCGCAAGCGGCCGCAGGGAGGCGCCUCCUCCGCGCAGGCGCCGGCUGCCAAGGGCCUGGCCAGAGGCGGCGCGUCGGCUGCUUCAACACAGGGCCGCCCCGUAGCCAAGCCUGCAAAGGUGGAGCAAAAGAGGGAGCGGCUGGGGGGCGACGAAGGAGCGACGAAGAAGACGCCGCCCUAG